UGUAACCAUGUGUCUUAACUGUUUUGUGAUUUUAGAGUCCUGAAGAAGACCCGCAUUGUGGUCGAAACGUUGACUUUAUGAAAUAAAGAAGAGUGAUCUAAUACAUACUAAUCAAUCCCCAUACCCCUUAAACUUUUCCAUAUAAAAUUCUGGGAGUUACCAUUCCAUUGAUGUUCAAGCAUGGGGUUCUAUGCAGAAGUACAGCAAACCUAUGGUAGAGAGACAGCUAAUAACUUGAAAUCCUGGUCAUCAUACAAUUUGAAGCUUGCCUCGUACAGGAAUCGAAGAGUGUUUCUGUUAGAAUGCAAAAGACUUGGAUUGAUGCCCAAGCAUCUAUCCAGCAAUAUGAAUUAUUUGUUUGGUUCAGCGGCUGAUGCAGUGUCGUCGAGACAGGUGCAGACUAUGAGGGACAGAUCCCUGCGCCUGGCUCUUCAGUUCGAGAUUAAAGUGACGGUCGCCAGGAUUGGAAGAAUGGAGAAUGAGAUGUCCAGAUUGUGGCAGAUUCUGGAGGAUUUUCUCCCAUCUGAAGUACUCAGCCGAUAUGGUUUGUGCCAGUCCAGAAGAUAUCGUAAACGGUUUGCUGUCAUCAGGGAGAGAAAUCUGAGGAAGGUGAGAGCUCUGUCAGAGGAACAAUUGAAGAGGGUGAAACCACAACAAAGGUGGGUAAAAAACAUAAGCUCCACUAUCCUACCCGAUAGAGUCCUAAACUUCUUAGCGCUGGGACCUAAAUUUUCUAUAGAUGUCCCAAAAGGUGAAAUCUCGAUGUCCAGGCUACUGGCAGAUAUUGAGAACAUCAUCAACCUCAACGGUACGUUGUCAGAUGAAGGAAAGAAUAUUAAACGCUUCCAAGCGAGCAACAUCGUCACGAACUAUAUGAAGAAGAAUAAAAGAACUUCAAAUAACAUAUAUCAAAGAGAAUUUUAUUAUUGCAGGAAUUAUCUGAAAGAGCAUCCAGAAAUUCUUGUGACUCAGUCAGACAAGGGAAACAUAACAGUAAUAAUGGAUAGAGCCCAAUACAUUGAACUGUCAAACACAAUCUUGCAUGACGAACGCUAUUACAAAACAUUGGCAAGAGAUCCCACUACAACCAUACAAAAUAAAUGUAACGCUUUGAUCAGAGAAUUGGUGAAUGAGGGUCAUUUAACACAAUCACAGGGCAAACGCCUAUAUUUUUAUAAUGCAGUUCCUGCCAAAUUCUACGGUUUACCUAAAGUCCAUAAACCGACGCUUUCUUUAAGACCGAUUAUAUCAUCGAUCAAUACCCCUACCUCUAAGCUUUCAACAUAUAUAUCUGACAUCUUGACAAGAUACCUGUCAACCACAAGAGGCAGGUAUUACGUCCGUGAUACAUUUUCUUUUGCUGAGUCUGUCAGCGACCUACAAUUACCUAAUGACUACGUUCUCAUUAGCUUGGACGUCGUAUCCUUAUUCAGCAACAUCCCAGUACAACUGGCAGUUUCUGCAAUUGAGAAGAGGUGGGACGAAAUAAAACUCCAUACCUCUAUACCUAAGGACCGAUUCAUUGCAAUUGUCAGAUUCCUUUUCUCCUCCUGCUACUUCGUUUUUGGUGGCGAUUUUUACAUGCAAAUACUUGGCUCUCCUAUGGGGUCUGAUCUCAGUCAACCCAUUGCUGAGAUAAUCAUGGAUUUUCUCUUGGAUUGCAUUCUCGCAGGCAUCCCCUUUGAAAUCCCCCUAAUAAAAAGAUUUGUAGAUGACCUCUUAUGCGCAGUACCUAAGGAUCAAGUAGCCUACACCCUUGAAAGGUUUAAUGAACAGCACCAGUCCAUCCAAUUUACACUUGAAGAAGAAACUAAUGGAGGUGUUCCAUUCUUGGACACAAUGGUUAUGAGAACCCCAGAAAAUAGAAUAAUUUUGGAUUGGUACAGAAAACCAACUUCAUCGGGAAGAUACCUCAACUAUUUCUCAAACCAUUCCCACAGACAAAAAUUAAUGGUAGAGAACGGUUACCCCAAGGGCUUGUUAGCAAGGUUGAUCUUCAACACUGCUCUCACUCCAAGACCACAGAGCAUGGGUGACAACCCACACACUGUUGACAACCCAGCAUCGCUCACUUUCGCCACCAUCCCAUUGAUCAACAACAUGAGCUACGAUUUGAUCAACCUCUUGAAGACCAGCACCCUAAGGAUAGUACCAAAAAACGAAUUCAAGAUCGAAAAAUUGUUUAGCCGUAAGAAGGACAGAUUGGACGUUGGAAACACGAUGGGCGUAGUAUAUAGUAUACCCUGUUCCGAGUGCAUGGAAGUAUACAUAGGACAAACAUCCCAACAGCUAAAAAGAAGGAUCGCCCAGCAUAGGAGCGAUAUAAAAAAUCCUAAUAAAGCGUGCGCCCUAGCUGACCACACUAGAAAUAAAAACCACCUCAUGGAUUACCAAUCUGCGAAGGUCCUGGAGAGUGAGACGAAUGGGGAUAAGAGAAGGUUCAUGGAGAUGUACCAUAUUAAACGCCAGGAAAAUUCUAUGAAUUACAGGAGGGACGUGAAUAAUAUUAGCAAUGUUUAUUCAUAUUUAAUUCAUUUAGAUCAACUCAGUGAGAGUGAGUUGAGAGGGACACAGAACAUGAUGGACUCUAUUGCGGUGAGUGAGAUCACGUGACGCUUCCACCAUUUCCUGUGUUAUUAGACUGAAUGUGCUUGAUGACUUCUUGUGCCUCAUAGAGUACAAUUAUGCGGUAGUGAUUCAGUGAGAGUGAAUUGCUGAGACCAAAUGUCAUUAUGCGAUGAUAAUUCGGUGACAGCGAAUUGCCAAGACCAGAUGACUUUACAACGGACUCUAUGAUUUAAGUUGUGGUCGAUAUGUCAGACCUAAAUUCUGUGCCCUCAUAAACCUAACCAUAUCUUU